UACUUCCGGCUUCCGUUCGGCCGGCCGCCAAGCUAGUAGCCGGCCAGCUAAAGUUGAGCAGUUUAGUCAGCAUGAAGACGCCGCUUUGACAGCCGCUCCAAGGCUCACUAACCUCACUAACCUCACACUCUGUCGGCCUGCAACACUUUGGACUUCAUGAUAGAACCCGCCACACGUCCAACUAUUCAGAAUCAGAUCUUUCAACAAUGGAUGACCCCAACAGACCCCAGCGGAAGAUGUCCACAGCCGGGGACAGCUUGUACAAAGUCCUGGGCCUACAGAAGGGAGCGACACCGGAAGAGAUAAAAAAGGCAUACAGGAAGCUGGCAUUGAGGCACCACCCGGACAAGAACCCCGACAACCCGGAGGCGGCGGAAAUGUUCAAAGAGAUCAACAACGCCAACUCCAUCCUCAGCGAUGAGAACAAGCGCGUCAUCUACGACGAGUACGGCUCCAUGGGCCUCUACGUGGCCGAGCAGUUUGGCGACGAGAGCGUCAAGUACUACUUCCUCAUGUCCAAGUGCUGGUUCAAGGCCCUUCUGGUGUGCUGCGGGAUCUUCACCUGCUGCUGCUGCUUCUGCUGCUGCUGCUUCUGCUGCGGGAGGUGCAAGCCCUCCGAGGAAGCCGAGGACACUUUCUACGUCAACCCCGAGGACCUGGAAGCGGAAAUCAACGAGCAGGAGGAGGCACGAGACGCUGUAAUUGUUAUUCAGCCAAGCUCUUCCGCCAAUGCCGAGGCCUCGGGCGAAGCUGGCGACGCCGCCUCAGGCGAGGACACGCCCAUCGUCAUUCAGCCCCACGCCAGCAACGGAGACAUCCACCUGUCAGUGGAGUGAAUCCUGCUGGUCCUGGACAGGGCUUAGAGUAUGGAUUCAUGCAAAAACAUCCCAGAGGUUUUUCUUGUGUGUGUUUACAUCAGCAGUUAUUUUUUGUUUUUAAGUGCCACACUUUUUUUCUUCCUAUUAUCCAGUAUUUUCCAGUUAUUUAUGUUUUUCAAAUGCAUCUGGAAUGUAGUCACAUGACCAAAGCCUCGUCCCCUCAUGCACUUUAAACAUGCUAACCGUGUCAAAGUGCCAAAUGACGCCAGAGUGGUUGGAUAUACAGUGUUCCCUCGCCACUUACGGACGUUUUUAACUUGUAAAUAGGUGUUUUUUUUAUGUAUUUGUAUUAUAACUUCUAUUUCAUAUAAUCAGUGAUAGAUAAUACAAGGAGACGCCACUCCCGUAAUUGGAUCAGCGUGCCUACAUUAGCAGGGUAUUACAUUGUUGUCAACGGAACGGAAAAUGUUGCAGAAGAAACGGUGUUAUCAACUGUGUAUUGAUAGUUUAGGAUUUUAUGUUGACAAUAAAGAGAACCGCAAUAAUAAGCAAGUUAUGAUUUAUUUUCAGUAUGCAAGGCAUUUUAUUACACUGUCUGAAAUGACGCUAAAAUGGCCGACACAUCGCCAGGCAUGUCGAUCUAGUUAUAUCUACGUUACCAGCAGAGGUUCGGAAUCUUUAGGCCCUUCAAGAUUUGAUUUUUCAAAUAAGAAUUGAUUCUUGAUUCAACACGAUUCUCGCAAUGUAUUAUUUACUAUAGUCGGGCUGAAAACUAUCACGAUUUAAGUGUUUUAUGUGGGCCAAUAUCGUUAAUUAUCAUUCGUUAUGACCUAACGAAAAUAAGGAGCAAUGGUAAAAUAGAUCAGGUGGAAAAAUGUUCAUUUCAAAUGUUACCUUCCAAUGAUUAUAAUCCCCUCUGCUAUCUAAGCAGGAAGGAAAUAUCAACGCAAACAAUGCAAAGAAAAUUGUCAACACUUAAAAUGAAGGAACAAAAAUACGAAAUGCUUGCUAAGGUGUAACAAAACAGUGCAAAGUGUGAAAAUAUGAACCUAAAGAAACCUGAGAAGGAGUUAUUUUCUGUGGUUUUAGUGCCAGGAAGUUACAGCUGUGCUCUAAAGGGUGAGCGCGGCUGAGGGGGUGUGGCAUUACUGGUCUUGUAUCAUUUACAGACCACAUUGAUUUGACCAGGGUCCCUUUUGAAAUGAAAACAAAACAAAAACUGCCUACCGUCGAGGUGACUUUUCUUCUUCUGUAGACAAUUUCUUCAUUUUUACAGACAUAUGGCGCAACCAAACUUGAUAGUUGAUACUGUUACCUGAUUGGCUGUCAUCAUGUCACUCCCACUGAUCAGUGAUCACUCCCUUGGUUGCUCGGUUACCAGAGAUCGAGUACCAACCUUGCUCUCGCAACUUCUGCUUUCUCCCAACAAAAAAAAAAAAAAAAAUAUCGAACCUUUUAUCAAAAGCAUUUUUUAUUGAUUUUAUGUGUAUAUUGCAACUUAUAUUAUCAUUUAAUCAGCAAGCACAAUGGUAUCGUAAUUAUAAUAAAGCCUGACGUAUGACAUGCAUGGAGAUGGCCUAAAUGCAUCCUCUUAGAAAUGUAUUAUCUAAAAAAAUGUUUUUUGUAAAUUAUUGAAUCGAUUUAGAACGUUAUAACAAUCGCAAUUCGGAUGGGAUCUAAGGGCGUUCAAUAGUUGGCAACUGGACUGCUUGGUUUCAUUGUAGUCUUCUUCAGUUUGUGCUCAUAGAUUUAGAUCGGUCAGAUCUAUUUCAAAGGUUGGUGCCAAAACCCUAAAUAUUUAUACUGGGCAAGGAUGGUUUCGCCUGAUCGUAGUGACAAAAAAAAAACAGUUUUAAUGCAAACAAGCAAUCCUAACUGUCAAAGCCCAACGACAGUCGUUGAAGUGUAAUUUCCCCUCGUUAGCAUCAAGGUAUUGUGUGGCAGAACCAUGGAAGGUAGACUCCUUAGUCUUGGACUGAAGACUUUGUCGUCGAAGGAGUGCUGUUUCUCCCUGAGGUACAGGUAGACAGCCGAGUCUUGGACUGAAGACUUUGUCGUCAAAGGAGUGCUGUUUCUCCCUGAGGUACAGGUAGACUGCUUAGUCUUGGACUGAAGACUUUGUCGUCAAAGGAGUGCUGUUUCUCCCUGAGGUGCAGGUAGACUGCUUAGUCUUGGACUGAAGACUUUGUCGUCAAAGGAGUGCUGUUUCUCCCUGAGGUACAGGUAGACAGCCGAGUCUUGGACUGAAGACUUUGUCUUCAAAGGAGUGCUGUUUCUCCCUGAGGUACAGGUAGACUGCUUAGUCUUGGACUGAAGACUUUGUCGUCAAAGGAGUGCUGUUUUUCCCCGAGGUGCAGGUAGACUCCUUAGUCUUGGACAGAAGACUUUGUCGUCAAAGGAGUGCUGUUUCUCCCUGAGGUGCAGGUAGACAGUCAAGUUUUGGACAGAAGACUUUGUCGUCAAAGGAGUGCUGUUUCUCCCUGAGUUACAGGUAGACAGCCGAGUCUUGGACUGAAGACUUUGUCUUCAAAGGAGUGCAGUUUCUCCUUGAGGUGCAGGUAGACUGCUUAGUUUUGGACUGAAGACUUUGUCGUCAAAGGAGUGUUGUUUCUCUCUGAGGUGCAGGUAGACAGCCGAGUCUUGGACUGAAGACUUUGUCGUCAAAGGAGUGCUGUUUCUCCCUGAGGUGCAGGUAGACAGCCGAGUCCUGGACAGAAGACUUUGUCGUCAAAGGAGUGCUGUUUCUCCCUGAGGUACAGGUACACAGCCGAGUCUUGAACUGAAGACUUUGUCGUCAAAUGACUGCUAUUUCUCCCUGAGGUACAGGUACACAGCCGAGUCUUCGACUGAACACUUUGUCGUCAAAGGAGUGCUGUUUCUCCCUGAGGUACAGGUAGACAGCCGAGUCUUGAACUGAAGACUUUGUCUUCAAAGGAGUGCUGUUUUUCCCUGAGGUGCAGGUAGACUGCUUAGUCUUGGACUGAAGACUUUGUCGUCAAAGGAGUGCUGUUUCUCCCUGAGGUGCAGGUAGACAGCCGAGUCUUGAACUGAAGACUGUCGUCAAAUGACUGCUAUUUCUCCCUGAGGUGCAGGUAGACAGCCGAGUCUUCGACUGAACACUUUGUCGUCAAAGGAGUGCGGUUUCUCUCUUUGAACUGUGGGCUGGUAGAAACUUUAUCAGCUCUGCGUUGUAGGGUUCACAGCUUCCCUCAAAUGCCUAUACAUCUGUUCUCUUUGACCUGUGGGCUGGUAGAAACUUUAUCAGCUCUGCGUUGUUGGGUUCUGGUAACGCCCAGUUUGUGUUCCAGGCACACCCUCCUGUUUUGUUUUUUUUGGAGUAUAAAUAUUUGGGGUUUUGGCACCAAACCAUUGGAUGAGAUCUGACCAGUCUUAGAGCACAGACUGAUGAAGCAAACUCGGAGGAAACGUCUUACAAGACCAACCAAACAGUCCUGUUGCGAUCGAUUGUACGACCUGGAUGAAUGAGAACCUUAAAAGGUUUAAAUUCGGAUGUCGGCACCCUGAGUGAGCGCCUGACUAUUUGCUGGUGAAGCUGCUUCUAUUGGCUGAUGGCGGACCGAUCACAGACCGCAUCCAGCCUUCUGUUUGUAUUAUCUCAGCUGCGUGUUUGUAGGAACAUUUGUAUUUGUUUGAAUCCCCCCUCCUUGUUGUCCAAACCUUCUGUGCCUUCUAAGGCUUCUGGCUCCAAACCAAAGCUGCUUACCAUCAGAGUGUACGGUAAACUCUGCAGUCGAGCUACUUGAAGCAAUAUAAGGGCGACGGCAAAAGUGUCUUUUAAAAAGACUGUGCCAAUAGUAAGCGAGGAUGCCAAUGAUAUUCCGGCAUUAGUCGUGAGUACUCCUGUCAAAUGUUAUGUUACGAUCACAGAAGAGUGUUUGAGUGUGUGUGCAAGUCUUAAGCGUAUAAAGACUUAAAAUGCGUACAGUAGUCACAUGAAUCGUAAAAAUUAGCAUUUUUACUUUGGGGUAAUUCACGGGGGUCUGGAAUGUAACUCCCACGACAAUCGAGGGAACACUGUAAACCUGAAUGUUUAAAGUUUUUUGUUUUUUUAUAUAUAUAUGAUAACUGGAACUGCUGAUUCUGGCCAGAUGUCUGCAGAUGGACUGAACUUGGAGGCCAAAGUCUGUCUUUGAUGGCAUUUAUUCCUUACAUGAUUACCACUACCAUCAUCAAGUGACUACACCGCAAACAUUCGCUGAUUUUUAAUUUAAUUUUUUUUGUUUUACUUCGUAUUCCCUUGUUUGGUCCGAACUGUGGCGCCCUCAGACCAUAAUCCUGUUUUUAUGCCACUUUUAUUCUACUCAAGAAAAAGCCUUAAAUUACAGCCGUGGUCAAAAGUUGUAGAGAACAUAAUGUCAUGGCUGUCUUGAGUUUCCAGUCAUUUCUACAACUCUUAUUGUUUUGUGAUGUAGUGAUUGGAGCACAUACUUGUUGCUCACAAAAAAAAAAUUCAUGAAGUUUGCUUCUUCAUCUGACCACAGACGUGUGUUUGGGGUCAUUGUCCUGUUGGAACCCCCAACAGCGCCCAAGACCCAACCUCCCAACCUGAUGAUUUUAGGUUUUUGACCUAAAUGUUGGGUCAAAAUCAUCAAUUUUUGACCACUCCUCUUGACAAAAUUGUGGCCAAACAGCUCCAUUGAUGUUUCAUCUGACAUCACUUGGACAAAUAUAAGACCUUGUGGAGGAAAGUUCUGUGGUCAGAUGAAACCAAAAUGGAGAUGUUUGGCCACAAUACCCAGCAACAUGUUUGGAGGAGAAAAGGUGAGGCCUUUAAUACCAGGAACACCAAACCUACCGUCAAGCAUGGUGGUCUUUAGUAUUAUGCUCUGGGCCUGUUUUGCUGCCAAUGGAACCGGUGCUUUACAGAGAGUAAAUGGGACAAUGAAAAAGGAGGAUUAGCUCCAAAUUCUUCAGGACAAGCUAAAGUCAUCAGUUCAAAGGUUGGGUCUUGUGCACAGUUGGGUGUUCCAACAGGACAAUGACCCCAAACACACAAAUCAACAUCUGGCAUGGCAUCCUACGAGACCACUCGUUUUUAGAUAUGCCAGUGUUGAACUUUUUGUUUACAUUUGUGUGAGACGUAGCGACGCUUCAAAAAAUGUGAUGCGCGUGGCACAUGUUCAAAUUUGUGGUGUUUGAACUCGGGAUGUGACGAUAUGAACAGUUCAUACCACAAUUGUGGUGUGAAAUGUAUUAUUGAAUUCUUGACCACUCCUCUUGACAAAAUUGGUGCAGUUCAGCUAAAUGUGUUGCUUUUCUGACAUGGACUUGUUUCUUCAGCAUUGUCCACACGUUUAAGUUAGGACUUUGGGAAGGCAAUUCUAAACCCUUCUUUUUCGUCUGAUUUAGCCAUUCCUUUACCACUUUUGAGGUGUGAGGUAGUAUUGUGCUCUAGGCCUGUUUUGCUGCCAAUGGGACAGUGAAAAAGGAGGAUUACCUCCAAAUUGUUCAGGACAAGCUAAAAUCAUCAGCCUGGAGGUUGGGUCUUGAGCGCAGUUGGGAGUUCCAACAGGACAAUGACCUCAAAAGUGGUAAGGAAUGGCUAAAACAGGCUAGAAUGAAGCUUUUAGACUGGCCUUCCCAAAGUCCUGACUUAAAUGUGUGGACAAUGCUGAAGAAACAAGUCCAUCUCAGGAAAGCAACACAUUUAGCCGAACUGCACCAAAUUGUAUCAAGAGGAGUGAUCAAAAAUGAGAUCCAACUUCCGGGCUGAUGAUUUUAGCUUGUCCUGAAGAAUUUGGAGCUAAUCCUCCUUUUUCAUUGUCCCAUUUACUCUCUGUAAAGCAGCAAAACAGGCCCAGAGCAUAAUACUACCACCACCAUGAUUGACAGUAGGCAUGGUGUUUCUGUGAUUAAAGGCCUCACCUUUUCUCCUCCAAACAUAUUGCUGGGUAUUGUGGCCAAACAGCUUCAUUUUUGUUUCAUCUGACCACAGAACUUUCCUCCAGAAGGUCUUAUCUUUGUCCAUGUGAUGUCAGAUGAAACAAAAAUCUUGAUUUAAACGUGUGGACAAUGCUGAAGAAACAAGUCCAUGUCAGAAAGGUAACACAUUUAGCUGAACUGCAGCAAUUUUGUGGUGAAAAAUGUGCACAGAAGCUUGUGGAUGGCUACCAAAAGCACCUUAUUGCAGGUAAACUUGCCAAGGGACAUGUAAGCAAAUAUUAACAUUGCUGUACGUAUACUUUUGAUUGCUCACAUUUUCAGUAGAGCCAUAAUAAAUUCAUAAAAGAAGCAAACUUCAUGAAUGUUUUUUGUGAGCAACAAGUAUGUGCUCCAAUCACUACAUCACAAAAAAGUAAGAGUUGUAGAAAUGAUUGGGAAGUCAAGCCAGCCAUGACAUCAUCUUCUUUACACGUGUACGUACACUUUUGACCAGGACUGUGUAUAAUCUGAGCUUUUUCCCCGUUUGCUGUUGUUGUUUGUAUCGUUGCCAAACUGUGUUGACGUGACUUUUGUAAAUGAGUGUGCUGUCCAUGCCACCUUGAAGCUAUUGUUGGAUGUGUCUCCACGCCCACAUUCCCGUGUUCAGCUCCUGGACAAAUGUUUGUCCUUUUGAGGGAACUUUUGGAAUAAACUCAGGUGCCACUGA